GUCGCUCGCCGUCGCCCGUGUUCCCGCCCCCUCUGCUGUAAUGCAGCAAUGGCAGCGCUGUUGAAACGCUUUACUGCGUUCGGUUUGAGUCUGCGAUCGUUCCGUUAACCGGCUGCAUUCGUUACAGGCGACGCGUUCACUAUCAGCUGUGCGUUGUGAUUUACAAACACACUACGUAUCUCGUGUAGCGAUAGGAGCUCGAGGCAGCAGAAUGGCGGGCGGCAGCAGAGGAUGCGUGACGCUCCGCGGUUCUCAGUUCCAGGAGCUGCUGGACGCAAAGCACAACGUGCUGUUCGACUGCGACGGCGUCAUCUGGAAUGGCGAGACGGCCGUGACCGGCGCUCCGGAGGUGGUGCGUCUGCUCAAGCAGCGCGGUAAACGCGUGUUCUUCGUCACAAACAAUUGCACCAGGCCGCGUGAGAACUACGUGCAGAAGUUCAGCCGUCUGGGCUUCACGGAGGUGGCGGAAGAGGAGAUCUUUAGUUCCGCGUACUGCUCCGCCGCGUACCUGCGCGACGUGGCCAAGGUUCAGGGGAAGGUGUAUGUGAUCGCCUGCAGCGGGGUGAUAAAGGAGCUGCAGGACGCCGGGGUGCCCGUCGUGGAGGAGGUCGGGGAUGAGGAGCCGGGUACCAGCAUCUAUAACUGCCCGCUGGAUCCGGAUGUCAAAGCUGUGCUGGUGGGCUAUGAUGAGAACUUCACCUUCAUGAAGCUGGCAAAAGCCUCCUGCUACCUGAUGAACUCUGAUGUCUUGUUCCUGGCCACUGACCCGGACCCCUGGCACCCGUUGAGGGGAGGCAGAAUCACCCCAGGUUCUGGAAGUCUCACGGCAGCUCUGGAAACGGCUAGCAGCCGGAAGGCCACUGUCAUCGGGAAGCCAAGCCGCUUCAUGUUCGAGUGCAUAGCCAGUCAGUUCGAUCUGGACCCGGCUCGCUCGCUGAUGGUCGGUGACCGUUUAGAGACGGAUAUUCUCUUUGGCAGCAACUGUGGUCUUUCCACCAUGCUCACCCUCACCGGCGUCUCCACCAUGGAGGAGGCACAGAAGUAUAAAGACAGCGAGUCACUCGAGCGCAAGGACUGCGUACCGGAUUAUGUGGUCGAAUCCAUCGCCGAUUUCCUGGAGGCUUUGGAGGAGUAGAGCCGCCGCUCGGGAACACAGAGGGACGUUCAUUGCUGUAUUUCCAGUUUCAAUCCCAAUGCUGUUUCUUAAGAUGUGUACCGUAUGGUUAAGUGUUGAUGUAACCCCAUGAAAUCUCACGUGAAUCUCAUGAAUCUGAUGGCAUGGAUGUAAUUUCUUGUGUGUUUGAGACACAAAAUGCCUCAUCAAACACCAGACGCUCACCUUAAAUGUUUUGGGAAAGUUCUGUACUUUUAGAUCAGUCUGACAACUUCACCCGUUGAGGGUUACACACUACUAGAGUCGAUGUUUUCAGUGCUGGUUAGUCGUUUUAGUUUUACAAUCACACGCUGAUGCUUAACCGGCUGGUUAGUUUCUAAGUAUUUUAUAAACGCUAACAGUUCAGUAUUGGACAAAUUGACAUCCUAACUUUAUAUUUAUGGGUCCAUCCGUAAGUAACUGGUUGCAUUACCCAACAACACAAUUGGUCAGAAGACAAUCAUUUUUCUUUGAUGGUAGUGAUCACUGUUUUAACUUUACAUUGUUAACAUCUCUGUUUGCUGGUGAAAUAACUAGCACUGGUUAUAAGUUAUGAUGCACUGUGCUAGUAAAGUUUAGAGCAGUAUUAUAGUCGAGUCUAAUUCAGUUGUAGACGUUUGAUGGUUUUGGUGCCAAUUUCUAUUUAUUUUUUAAUAAUAUUUAUUAAUUUUAUUUAAUUUAUUUCAUUUGUGGCGUGUGUUUGACCAACUCAUGGAAUUCAAAAUGCAUUUUCACUUGUUAAUUUUGGUUUUCAAAUGCAAAAGUAGUUAAAUGUAUUUGAGAGGUUUUUGUUGUGUUCAUGACAAUAAUAUAACCAUUAAUGCAGUUCAGACGCAAAUGGUUCAGUGGUUAUGCUGUAUAACUUUAGAUCAAACUCAAAGCACAGCGUUUAUGAUCAAUCUCUGUGUGUCAUAUGAAAUAUCAGCAGAAGUCCAGAAACUAAUGUGCCAAAACAACCCACUGAAUGUGAUAUUGCAUGAAUGACAGCUUAAUGGUACAAUACAGCCAAUUGAAUUAUGUGUUAAUUCUAGUUAAAGCUAUUUGAACUGAAGCAUUUUAUUUCAAACUUGAAUCUUGAGUGAUUAGUGUUCAAUCGUUCAUUGUCUUUAGACAUCGUGUUGUCUGAAAAGAUCUAAAAUUCUGCGAGAAUAAUAUUUAAAGAGAUGCCAAACAUUUGUAAAUGCAUAUGAUAUAUGUAUACUGUGAAACGGUCUGACAUCAAGUUCUCUGUGUGGUGUAAAUUCAUUUUUUAAUUAAAAGACGUCUUGUAUCUUGA